AUGGAGAUACCCCCACGCAGUGUGCAGUUACGUCAUGAAUUGUUGGCUGGGGGGGAAAUGCUACAAGACGACUCGAAUAACCAACCUGAAGAGGGUAGUCUCCCCCUCAUGAACCAGUGCAGUGUUGAAAAGGAUGCCGCUUCUGUAGAGACGUACCACCUGUGUGAAGCAGCCACGAAGGUGAAAAUGACGGAGAAGAAAAAUCUUGUGGCCAUGCGAAAGUGGAUGCUAAAGGUACGAAAAAGGAGUAUACACAAGAACAACAAACUCCUUUGGAAAAAAGAAAAAAAAAACAUUCCCAUGAAAUGGGGCCAAAGGAAAGUCCUCUACUCCGACCAAUGCGACAGCCAAGUGGCACACACUCCUGUGGAAGAACCAAAUGACGAAGCAUGCCAAACAGGUGGCGACAAAAACGCGUUUGAAUUUUACUUGGCACACCAAACAGGAUGGAGCAACCCCUGUGUGUUAUACUAUAUUGGGGAAAGCACUUCCCAUUUUGAAAGAGAAGCCACCACGUUGGUUUUUUCACCUCAUGAGUGUGAAGCCCAAGUGAACAAAAACUUAAACAAUCGAAUUCGUAUUGCCUCUGGCAUGAAAGGCACUGCUCUGGCGGGGAGGUGUGUGAUGAGGAGGUGCCGCUGGGGGGAUAAUAGCACAUUCUUCAUCCUGGCCAAAAUAUCGACAGGCCAGAUGACGCUCUCCCUGUCGGUGCGCAUCAUUUCGCCAUUCAAAGUUUUGCACCACCAGGAGCAUGAUGAGGUGCUUCCCUUUUUUCACUAUGAGCCACGCAUUACUCGGAGCAGGAGUGGGUCAGGUGAGAAGCCGUACCAAGGGAUGCAUCUUGUGAGGGAAAAACAAAUUAACAAAACGAGAAAAAGGAGAAAGGAAAAAAAAAAAGAAAAAAAAAGCCAUUUUAGCAUUGGUAAUUUGCAUUCCUGUAAGGUGUAUGUUAUUCUUUGCGCUACACACGGUGCAGGCGUGUGCCAUCCUCACACCAGGGAGGCAUCUUGUCGUGCCCCGUCGGCCGUGGUAGCAGUGGCAGCCGUGGCAGUGGUUGCAGGGGGGGAGAAGUCCGAAGUGGAACAAGUGGAAGAACCCCAAUCACAGCAGGAACGGGAAGCACAGGAAGGAUUCGAAGCGUUGCAAGGGGGGUACCUCCGUACCUUCCCAACCGCCUGUGACAUUCCUACUGGCGUUCCCACACCCGUCCCCACGGCGCAGGUGAACAGGGUGAAGUUCUGCCCGGACAAGCCACAACCAGAGGGAACCCCCUUCCCCGACCAUACCGCUGGCAACAAUCGCAGCAACCGGCGAGGAAAAAUAAAAGGAAAAAAAACCGUGACACGAUAUAUUGUACAGUUGAUCUGUCCAUUUUCAUCACGGCUUCCAAAGCAAAGUAAAGAAGGAGCUUCCUUGUGUGUUGAGAGGACAAGCUGCCUCCUUGGAAUCCGUGCAGUUAAUAUAUACACACAAUCAAAUGAAAGAACGAUAGACUCGAGAAAAAAAAGUGAACUCCCAUUUGGUGUGCUACAACUGGUGGAUGUUCCCUCCUCAUGGGAUAUUCCUUCUAAUCGGUGCGACGCAGAAAGUGGUGACAAUGACACAGGUGCAAUUUGCACGAAUUUUACAAGAACCCUUUUUAGUCUACUCAAAAAGAAUGAUGAAACGGAGGAUUAUUUCAUCUGCCUGAAUUUGCUGCUUCACCUAUUCGUUUUGAGCGCUUACGAGACAGGAGUUGUUAGUCGAAUCGGUAACACUCUUAGCAGAUGCAGGAAUAGCUGUCUCAACAGACACAGCAUCUGUGUUGUGCUUAGUGACGAGGGGGACAGGUUAGUGUCCGUGGGUAACGGGCCACGAAAGCGCAAAGAGGAGAAGUAUCACCCCCCCAGUCGAAGCAUGUCCGGGUACACGACACACCCAACGUUGUGCCUCAUCACGGGGAAGGAAGAAAGGCAGCACAGUUCGGUGAACCCGUUUAGCAAUACUAAACAGUGUGAUAAAAGUAGACUAACUACCCACCGGGACACACCUCUCCCAUUCCGCGGGUGUGAAGUCUCCUCCCACUGCACAGCUAAAAAUGAAAAUAAAGUUACAUCGAAGCAACUUCAGUGUGAAAAAAGAUUGUACGACUCAGAGCACCAGAUGUGCAAAAUGUGGGUCGUCAAAAGGGGUUCGCAUUUCUUUUAUUUCCCCCGGAGUGGGGGUAGUGCACCGAAAGGUAGCGAAAGAGGGGGAGAUAAUGCCUCCACCCAAGUCAACAAAGUAGCAAACGCCAAUUGCCUUUCCCGUGGCAGCCACCAAAACGCAUACACAGUUAAGCAUUGCCACGGGAACCCACAAAACCGAAUGGCAAAAAGGCACCACCACCACCAGCGGCAGCAGAAGAGGUCAACCCAACAAACCAAUAGUAUUAAGCAUACCUACAAAAACAUGAAUGGACAGAGACACGAACAUGAAGUAAAGGUAUGCGAAGCAGACAACACCACGGGUGACAUCCGAGAGAGCUACACAAUGGAGUGUCCCCCCGAAGUUGUUGCCAUGCGAAUCUGUAAAAAAAAAACACCAAAUGGUUGUCACUAUAAGAGGAGGGCAUUCCAGAUGAGGAGACCCAACUGUUCGUAUAACACAAAGUACACAGGUGAACACACUAAUGAGGGAACCUCUGUUCCCCUGGAACAGGAAGCGGAUCGGAUAAGGCACACCAGGGAAGGCCAGAACCCAGGAUGCCUCUCGAAACGGGCCCUUGUUGUAAAAAGAGGUACUAAUUACCCCAGGGAAGGAAAUAAAAAGAGGAACCCCCCCACUUGGAGCGACCCACAUGGUAGCCCCCUUGAGGAACAUCCUCACAAGAGGAAAAAAAACCUAUCACACUUUUGCACACCAAACUGUGAAGACAAAACGGAGGAAAGUUCACUCCUAGGAGGGGAUUCACCAAACAGGUUCGCACCCACCCAUGGUGAGGGAAAGGACCGUGUCGUCAAUCAGAGUAAUUACGUUAAGGCGGAUUAUUUGCAUAAGGUUAAGCCGUUCGGUGGAGUAUCCAUGACGCCUACCCUAUUUGGUAAUAGCUGCGUGGAUAACCCCAACGUCAGUGUGGCAUCCCCUGUAGAGGGUAACAUGGAGGAGGCAUCUAAAUUAGGGAGAAACACGCCCGCUAGGAAGCCCUGCUUUGACGAGAGUUCCACCGAUGAAGAUUCACCCGUGGAGGAAAACAAACCAUGUCGAUUAGUGCACUGGAUGGGGAACACACCGAAGAGGUACAUAUGUUCGUCUAACGUGUGGACUCCGAACCGCAUGGAGGUGGCUUUAUCCGGGGGAGGAACAUCAAACACCAGGGGAGUAGUCGACCGAUGCUACAACGCAAGUGACGUAACGGCCGUGUCAGAUGUGCGUGAAGGGAAUACAAUUAGGAGAAAAUUAAUAAAUUGUAAAAAUGUCGAUCAGGAUAGUUUGUCCCUUUUGGGGGUAGGGGGAAAGAAAAACAAAGUGGUUAACCAGGGGGGGUCCAUUUUGAGCGAAGAACUACCAGAGGAGUGCCUAGACAGUAUGCUGCAGGAAAAUAAGGACAUAACAUUUGGGGGAAGUGACAGUCACAGCGAUGCCAGCAACGGUAGUGAUAGCCACAGCGGGGUCGGUGCAGUGCAUAACAAAGACGAAAAUGUAGACCUAGAAGUAGCAGUGAUGGAAAGACAUAGUAGCAUCCUCGUAAACAGGGGAAUCCGUACGAAGAAGUGCGUGGACUACUCUCUCUACAACACCUACGCCAAGUCUUCCUUCCUGCAGUGCGCCGAACAAGCAGACAACCAUUUUAUAGGCAACUAUUUAGACCGAUACAAUGAUGAGAAUUUUCAGCACCUAAGACAGAAGGUAAAAUUAUGUCUGUCUAGAACAUUUGCUAACCUAAAAACGACCAGCGAAACGUGUGUCCUCCACUUCACCAACCUUAUAUUCGACCUGUACAUAAGUAGAUUCAACUCAAAAAACGAAAUAAUAGAAAGCAUAAUAAAUGACAUAGUCACAGAGGAAAAGCAAUUCUCCGAUGUGAUGAUCCAACUGUUGAAAGAAUUCUACCCAAAGGUCUACAGCGACUUUGUUUUCAAAGAACAACUAAAAGGAAAAUACAACAUUUUGUAUAAGGAGUUGAAAGAUUCUUGUGACCUAAUUUAUCACUUCAUUGCUAUUAUAUGUCUCUUCAUUUCGCAAAAGUACUACAAUUAUAGACUAAUCUCCAUCGAUCUGAUUGCGAAAACUUACUGUAGAAGCCACUUGGAAGGUCUGCGAAAAGUAUACUCUCGAAACAAUGAACUCAUAAAAGAUGCCUCCCCAGAUUACUAUUCAGCAACACAAUAUCUGGACUCCACUUUCUCCUCUCAUAGCGUUAAUAAAAAUUUUGCCCUCGAAGUAGAAAUAUGUAUUUUGAAAAAAUUAAAUUAUGACCUCUCCAUUCCUACUCCGUAUAGUCUUCUGGACAGUCUUCUAAAGGCAAAUGAAAAUAUCAAUUUUUUAAAAUUGAAAAAUGACUAUAAUGCUACGGAGGGGGAGAUUCUUCUUCGCAUCGCCAGCAUCGAUAACAUUUUUUUGAAGUACAAAUCUUCUACGCUUUCUAUGGCCAUUUAUGAGAUCCUUAAUUUCAAUAUAUGUAAAGACAAGAUGCAGAAGGAGUUGUUUCACUUUACCAACUUUGGGGAGGACUUCUGCUUCGAACCGGUGGUUCAUCCAGCUGCUGUUAACCAGGCUGAACAGAUUAACCAGGUUAACUCCGCCAACCAUGCGAACCUUACUACUUCGAAGAGACUCCCUCAGGGGAACACCGAAGCGGCCGAGAAGAAAAAGAAAAACGAACUCAAACUACUGAAGAGACAGGCCAGGAGCCUCGUCAUCGCCGAGGAGGAAGACCGAUUCAUCACCGCCUCCAAUUAUAUUAACCAGAAGACCAACCUCUACCAGUGCGUCAAGCGCACCCUCAUUUGCGUCUGUUCCGUCAUCAAGAAGAAGGUCCCUAGGUAUUACUACGACUCGGAUUUGGACCGAACAGACAGACUCAAGGGGUACAUAAGGAACUUCCACAAUGGGAAACGCGCCUACCUGGACAGGCUCAGGGCGAAACGGGAAGCAACCAAGAAAGGAGCACCAAUGGGGGAAGCUAAAAUGGACCCCUCUAACGGCGAUUUUCCAGAGUCUGCAACCACCACAGCAACCACCACGGCAACCACCGCCGCAACCUCUGCUGCUAUAACCGCUGAAAGUGUUUCCCCCCCGAGCAGCAAAAAGAGAAAGCGCGCCGAACUAGCAGGGCACAAAAAUUACGACGAUGAGCGGAAAGACCAAGACAAAUUCCAAAAUGCGAAAAACAAAAUAAAAAAAAAAAUUAAAAAAAAAAUAAAGAAACUGAACGCCCUUAGGUGGGAGGACAUCCCCAUUCAGUACUGCACGCCAUAUGUGCUACAGGGAAAGGAAAUCAAAAUUUAUAUAAAAAAAGACGACGAAGAGGGGGUAGGUCACAAUGACAAUGGAAGUGGUAGUGGUGCACAGAAUGGAGACACGGGAAGGAAAAACUCCCUAAGUAGCACAAAGGGAGCAAGCAAAAAUUACAGUGACACACAGAGGAAGAACAAAAAGAAUUACAUCAUUGGGACAAGGACGAACUCGACCGAUGAGCAUCUCGUGUUUUACUACAACUACCUAAGCAAGCUGAGAAGUAGACUCGUCCAAGGGUUAAGGUACUUUCUCCAUCGAAUUAAAAGGAUUAAAAGUAGACAUGUGUGUGUGUCGCUAGUUAACUUGAGUUACCUACUUAACAAGGAGGGGCUGCGAAAGAAACGCAAGAAGGAAAAAAAAAAAAAAAACAUCCCCCUUUAUAAGCAGCUAAUUAACGAAAUUAAAAUUUUUUUUAUGUGGCUGUAUAAGCUGACCAAUAUUGAAAUUCGCCCCCUGAUCCGCUUCGCCGACCUGAAGUAUAUCUCCUGUAUCAAGUGCUAUGAGAGGAGCUACGCCAGGUACGUGGCCCGGACCCUGGGGGGGGGAGCAAAGCAGGAAGGGGGAAACGGUGAAGGAGACAAACGGGUCGGGAACAAUCACGGUUCGGCCAAACGGGCAUCAUCCAAACAUAGGCGACGCAGCACCCUCGAGAAGAAGUACGCCCAGGAAGUUUCCCAAUUCACAGAGGCGGAAAACAAAAAAUUCUACCCCUACUUAAAGCGCAGCAGCUCCAUGGCGGACCUCACCGGGGGCCACUGCACAGGCAAGAUCAACAAAAAGGGAACGUCAAGAAAAAACGGAAAAGAAACAAAAAGUAAAUGUUCCCAAAAAGAAGGCGGCCUCGGCGAUGAGGGGGACGACCAAGUAGAGUGCGACGCUGCAAACGAACUGGACAUGCAAAACACACUUGACGAUUUCCUCCUACGAAAAAAGGAAUACGAAUCUUUGGAGAAGGAAAAACCUUUACUAGAAGAACAACUGGAAGGUAACACAGAUCAGGUGUUUUCCAUGCCCCCUCAGGAUAACGCUACCAAGAUUAGUAGCGACUGGAUCACCAUCAACGACCCCCAGGUGGACGAGUGUGCCAAGGAGUUAAUGGAAUGCUUCCUCAAGUGGAAAAACAAAAAUUAUAUUUCCAAAAACUGGACCUUCAACGAGUACCCCAAUUGUAAGGAAUACUAUUUUUCUCUUGUCUUUGGUGAUCUCAAAUCGUCGGAAACGAUGAAGGGCAUCAUCGAGAUGAUGCAGAUGAAGUAUAACCACCUUCUAAAUAUCUACAAGGAGAUCAACGUGCAGACGGACUGCAUGGAGUACGACUAA